AUGUCCCGAUCAUCCACACCCACUGUCUUCGAACAGCAGCGCGAGGACCUCGUCCGCGAGAUCGCCGUGGGCAUGGAGCAAGUUCUCCAAAAUAUCAACCGGUUGAAUCGUAAUCUGGAGAGUAUUAUCUCGGUCGGGAAUGAGUUCGGCUCGGUCGAGGCUCUCUGGUCCCAGUUUGAGAACUUCAUGGGGCGACCGGAGCAAGAAGGGAAGGACUCUGCGGCGUCUCGUGAGGAGGAAGGCCGGCACGAUGAGUCGGAAGGAGAGAGGCACAGUUCGUGA